AUGACAGCUCCAACUUCAAUUGAAAUUAAAUUACCAAACAACAUCACAUAUACACAACCAACUGGUUUAUUCAUCAAUAAUGAAUUAGUUCCAUCAAAAUCUGGUAAAACUUUCAAAGUUACCAAUCCUUCGACUGAAGAAUUAAUUGCUGACUUACACGAAGCUGAUAAAGAAGAUGUCGAAGUUGCUGUUGAAGCUGCUUCUGCUGCUUUCAAAAAAUGGUCAGUUUUAGAACCACAAAUCAGAGGUCAAGCUCUAUAUAAGUUAGCUGAAUUAUUAGAAAGAGAUGCUGAAUUAUUAGCUUCAAUUGAAUCAUUAGAUAACGGUAAAGCUUUACACUGUUCAAGAGCUGAUGUUAAAUUAGUUAUCAAUUAUAUUAGAUCAUCAGCUGGUUUUGCUGAUAAAAUUGAUGGUAGAUCAAUUAAUACUGGUGAUGGUUAUUUCAACUAUACUAAAAAAGAACCAUUAGGUGUUUGUGGUCAAAUUAUUCCAUGGAAUUUCCCAUUAAUGAUGUGGGCUUGGAAAAUCGGUCCAGCUUUAGUUACUGGUAACACUGUUAUUUUAAAACCAGCUUCUGCUACUCCAUUAUCUGCUUUGUAUGCUUCCACUUUAGCUAUUGAAGCUGGUAUCCCAGCUGGUGUUAUCAACAUUGUGCCAGGUUCUGGUAGAAAAUGUGGUGAUGCUAUCUUAAGACAUCCAAAGAUUAAGAAGAUUGCAUUCACUGGUUCUACUGCUAUUGGUAGAUCAGUUAUGAUUGCUGCUGCUGAAUCAAACUUGAAAAAAGUUACUUUAGAAUUAGGUGGUAAAUCACCAAAUAUUGUUUUCGAUGAUGCUGAUAUCAAGACAACUGUUAAAAACUUAAUUACUGGUAUUUUCUUUAACGGUGGUGAAGUUUGUUGUGCAGGUUCAAGAAUUUAUAUUCAAGAAGGUAUUUAUGAUGAAUUAAUUCCAGCUUUGAAAGCAGAAGUUGAAACAUUAAAAGUUGGUGAUCCAUUUGAUGAAUCAAACUAUCAAGGUGCUCAAACUACCCCAGAUCAAUUCCAAGAAGUUUUAGAUUACAUUAAAAAGGGUAAAGACCAAGGUGCUAAAGUUUUAACUGGUGGUGAAAGAAUUGGUACUAAAGGUUAUUUCUUACAACCAACCAUCUUUACAGAAGUUGGUGAUGAUUUCACUGUCUUGAGAGAAGAAAUCUUUGGUCCAGUUGCCACUGUUUCUAAAUUCAAAACUAUUGAUGAUUUAGUCCAAAGAGCUAAUGAUUCAGAAUAUGGUUUAGGUGCCGGUAUCCACACCAAAUCAUUAGACAGAGCCUUAGAUGUUUCACAAAGAUUAGAAGCUGGUAUUAUCUGGGUUAACACUUAUAAUGAUUUCAAUGCAGCAGUUCCAUUUGGUGGUUACAAAGAAUCUGGUAUUGUGGCUCCACCUGUCUUCUCUGAUAUCUCAAAAAACCAAAACGGUUUAUUAAACAAAGAUUUCUUUCAUUUAGCUCCAGCUGCUAUUGAUAUCCAAACUACCGCUCCAAAUGGUGUUGCUUUCACCGUUAAAGGUAAAUCAUCAAAAGAUGGUUCAAUCGCUGGUAACUUAGAAGCUAAAGUUUCCGACAAAGCUUCAGGUUUAACUUUAACUCAAGGUUGGAACACCGCUAAUGCUUUAGAUACUAAAAUUGAAUUAGCUGAAGCUUUAACUCCAGGUUUAAAAACUGAAUUAUUAACUUCAUUAGUUCCAAAUGGUUCAAGAGGUGCUAAAUUAAACGUUUUCUUCAACCAACCAUCAGUUACUGCCAGAGCUUUCUUUGAUUUAUUAAAAGGUCCAACUUUUGUUGGUGAUGCUACCGUUGGUCAUGAUGGUUUCACCGCUGGUGCCGAAGUUGGUUACGAUAUCUCUUCCGCUAAAGUUACUCGUUACUCAGCUGCUGUUGGUUACGCUCAACCAGUUUACAACGUUUCAGUUUCAGCUACCAACAACUUAUCAGUUUUCUCAGCUGCUUACUACCACAAAGUUUCUCCAUUAGUUGAAGCUGGUGCUAAAGCUACUUGGGAUUCAAAAGCUGAUGCUGCUGCUGGUAAAGCCGUUGGUAUUGAAUUCGCCACCAAAUACGUUUUAGACAACUCUGCUUUCGUUAAAGCUAAAAUUGCUGAUUCAGGUGUUGCUGCUUUAUCUUACCAACAAGUUUUAAGACCAGGUGUUAAAUUAGGUUUAGGUGCUUCUUUCGAUGCUUUGAAAUUAGCUGAACCAGUCCAUAAAUUAGGUUGGUCAUUAUCAUUCUCUGCUUAA